UCUAUAUAUAUAAGAGUUUUAUUAUAACUACAAAACAUGUAUGUUGUCAUUGUAUUUCUCUUUUAGUAUUGUCUCGAUAUAAAAGUAAGUCAAAGCCAUUUUUAUAGAUGGAAGGUAGAUUCACAAAUUACGCAGUUACUCCCCUUUGAUAUAAUUAAGCCAUGAAAUCAUCUGAAAGUUUCCAAUGUCAUUGAAGAACACACGAAGUUUACCGACGAAUUUGCACAUAUUUUUAGAGUAGAUUGUACCAGAAGGCAAUGAUUGAGGAUAGCUAUUCAUACUGAUAAUUAAUCUGACAAGUGGCUGUAGAGUCCCAAUGCACCACCAUGUUGACAUGGUACGUGCCAUAAAUGCAUUAUAAUUUAUUCUCAUCUGUUUAGAAGGUAUGUUGUGUACCUUGUUAUUUUUAUUAAAUUAGAUUACCCCUAAACAUUGAUAAUUAUUAUUAACAAGUAUAAAAUAAUUGCAUUUACAACAUAGAAGUUAUUUGAAUAUAACAUAUAUAAUCAUUUAUAUUUAUCAAUGCAUGUACAUGUAGGUAAUGAUAAAACUAUUUAUGUGGGACAUUUCAUAUUCUUUAUAUAUUUUAAUGUAACAGUAUUUUAAAUUGAAUUUAUACAAAUAUUUACUGUAUAAAAUAUAUUUGACAUACUUGAAAACCAUUCUGUCAGAAUUACUUUAUUUCAGACACUUCAUUUGGCUUAGUCAGAAUGGGACCUUAAAUGAAGAUGCAUUAUUGUACCGUAUAUGAAACAACACAAGAAUGAUCCAGAAGGUCUGUGUUUUUCAAAUGUGUAAUGUCAAUAACUUUUUCUUUAACUGUACAAAUAUAAAUAUUGUAGGUUUCUUUUCCUGAGGUGUUAGUAUUAGACUUAUAUAAAAGAAUAAAAGAUAAUUUACAUAUUAUUGCUAUUUUAUACCAAAAUAAAACCCUAAAUUCCUAUUUUUUUUUUGCUUUUAAAAGUAAAACUACUCUGCACAUACUCCACUACUGAGCCCUGCCUUACAGGCCUUGUUCCCAAGCUAAUGCCAGCUGAGCUGUGGAUACACCAAUAUGUGGAAUGCCUUCAUCAUCAAUGACGUGUAGUGUUAAAUAUUAAACAAAUGAGAAAAUGUCCAAUAGUAAAAAACGGAAGUACGACGAGCAGCUGAAUAUACCCACAGACUUUAGGUGCAUUAUUCACAACAGUGGACUUAGCAAUCAUGGUGACUGUGUAACACUAAAUUCUACAAAAUUAAAAGUCUCUGCUGAACAAAAACUAGAUCAGCUGCACUCAAUUCGCAACAAGCGAUUAGCUGAACCAUGUGACUCACCACAUCGCAUGCAUGACAUAUGCAAGAGCAUUCCUGCCUCAUUAUGUGGAAUAGACCUGAACAUCACUGGUUACCACCGUGGGUGCUACCAGGCCUUUACCAAAAACCUAGAUAGGUUAAGUAAAGCAGAAUGUACAAAACAUUCUCAAAAACACCAUUCACCAAGAAUUUUUGCUAACUGUAGUAAUCAGUUUCCACCAGAAUGCAUCUUCUGUAAAAAGUUGGAAGUGAAACCAAAGAAACAUGCAAAUACAGAGCGGUGUGUUCAAUUCACAAACACAACAUGGCAACAAAUUGAGUCGCAGGCUUUUGAGGUGGGCGAUUUUGCCUUAUAUCGAUUAGUACAAGGUGAAGACCUGGUGGCCAGAGAGGCAAUGUUUCAUACUUCAUGUCGGAAGGAUUUUGAAUUGAAAGUGUUUAACCUUUCUAAGCGCCAAAGUAUGGGGGGUUCAGUUAAAAAUUCCCACACGUCAGAAAACCUUGCCCAACAGUCGGUACGUGAUAUGAUUUCACAAAAAGUGGUUGUACAAAAGGAAGUAAUUCCUCUAGCCUCGGUUAGGGACUUGUACAUAACCGAAAUGCAUAACAAUGGCUUCCCCAAUAUAAAUUACAACAAUAGAACCUUGAAAGUGUGGUUGCAGUCGGAUCCUAUUGGACAAAAAAUUGCUUUCACUAAACAGAAAGGUGCUGGUUGCAUUAUGCAUAGUGUGGUAUUUAGUGCCGACAUGACUGUGCCAGAAGCAAUUGCCAGUGGUUUCAAGUUGGGAUCAAGUUCAGUUAAAGAGGAAGUAGCUACUUAUCUCAGGAAAAGUGUGAAACAGGCAUAUACGGUGUCAAAACCGCUGCCAUGGCCACCCACUGCCGAUGACCUUGACGCUUUUCCUCCGGAGGAAUUGGUCCCAGAUGCACUUCAAACAUUUCUGACACAACUCGUAUGUGGAGAUUCUGCGGGGACUGAAAAGACAAGACGAAUCGUCCUAUCAAUAGCUCAGGACAUUUGCCGCGCUGUUACGAAUGGCGAAUGGAAGAUGCCGAAGCAUAUUUUGCUGAGCACAACAGUACGACAUCUCUAUCGAAGCAAGAUCCUCACUACCAUGUUAAGUCGGUUGGGUCACAGUGAAUCAUAUGAUUAUAGUUUAGAGCUUGAGACAUCCCUAGCUAAAGCACUGAAUGAUUCUUCAUCCAAACUCACACCACUUAUUGUGACGGGCCCUGGAAAUGAAGUCUUCCAUGUUGAAUGGGACAAUCUGAAUAAGAUAACCACAAAUAUCCAUGGUUCCAAUGUGGUAAAUAGUACUGCAGGCAUUAUGAUCCAAGAAUUGAAGCCUGGAUAUUGUGCUACAAGUUCUGAGCGCACUCUCGGGGUCUACCAGCGCACAAAGGCUCGGUCUCUAAAGGUUGAUGAACAAUAAUGUCUACCACCCACUGCAUUGACCAAACGGUGC